ACUAGAGAAGAGUGGUGUUCGAGAAACUUGACUUUUCUCUAGGUCUCCUGCAGUUCUAUUAGCAUACAUUUUAUUUCAUUUCAUCUUAUUUAUUUAUUUGUUUGUUUGUUUAUUUAUUUAUUCUUAAAAGAUUUUGUGUAUUUAUUUGACAGAGAGAUAGGGCCAGAGGGCACAAGCAGGGGGAAUGGCAGAGGGAGAGGGAGAAGAAGCAGGCUCCCCGCCAAGCAGGGAGCCUGAUACGGGGCUUGAUCCCAGGCUCCCAGGAUCAUGACUUGAGCCAAAGGCAGACCGCCUUCCCCAACUGACUGAGCCACCCACACACCCCUUAUUUUAUUUUUUAUUUUUAUUUUUAUGAUUUUAUUUAUUUAUUUGACAGACAGAGAUCACAAGUAGGCAGAGAGGCAGGCAGAGAGAGAGAGAGAGGGAAGCAGGCUUCCUGCAGAGCAGAGAGCCCGAUACGGGGCUCGAUCCCAGGACCCUGAGAUCAUGACCCGAGUCGAAGGCAGCAGCCCAAAUACUGAGCCACCCAGGCGCCCCUUAUUUUAUUUUUUAAACGAUUUUAUUUAUUUAUUGGAGAUGGGGAGGAGCAGAGGGAGAGGACAAGCUUACUCUGCACUGAGCGUGGAGGAGCGCACCGUGCAGGGCUUGAUCCCAGGACCCUGAGCUCUCCAUCUGAGCCGAAACCUAGAGUCAGAUGCUUACUCCACUGAUGGCGCCCCGCAGGAUGCAUUUUCAAAUGAGAUUUACCUUGUUGCCCCCAACCCCAGCAAAUCUGUCACAGACCCCACCCAGGUUCUUCUCUCCCUAUCCUUACUCCACCUUCUGCCACUUAUACCACUUCUGACCUCAUAAUCCCUCAACUGCGGCCUCAGGCCCCACCCCCUAGGGAUGCUGGUUAUCCACAAUUGCCAAUAGCUCUCUCCUGCCUGCCCAGUCUGGGGCCUCUUCAGCCUAUGUGAUCUACCGACCUCUCCAGACCCCCAGCCCUAUGGGCCCACUUGCCCCCACUCCCAGGACCUCUAGAACACUCUUGCUCCAAAUGACUCAUCAGGCCUCUGUCUGAAGAGUAAGAAGAUCCUGAGAGCAUGUUUAUUUUCAUCAAACAUGGAGAUAAUCAGCAGUUUCUGGUCAAUACCAAUUGCUCUGUCCUUCUGUUGCUGCAUUACACCCGCAGUAAAGUAGGGUUGCCUAAAACAGACACCAUCGAUUUGUGUGAUGAAACAGGGACAAUGAAGUUGCUUUUCCUGACGAAGACCCCUGGAGACUAUGCCAGCAAAUUCCUUACUGCUCGCAACACCUACUACAUUUGUAAGGUGGAGCGUGGAGCACCAGGAACCCGACUGGAGAACGCCUACAGAGCUUUUGUGCCUCUCCUCAAGAAUCCAGAACCUGAGCUAAUUGAUGCCUUGCGCACACAAUGCGACAUCCUGGAGAGAAGCCGAGUGAAAUUGCUUAGAAGCCAAGAAGCCAAGAAAGUUGUUCCUAUUGAAUCUUCCAUGAACCUCCCAUCCAAAUCAACCGGAAGAUCAGAUGAAGAGGGGCCGACUCGCAGGGGUCCAACCUUUAGGACCAGAGCGGACUUUUUCAGUAGGAGGGAUAAACAUCGCUAACUAAAUAAAGUGACCAAGUGAGAGCAGUAA